AUGAAUUUGUUAUAAUUAAUUGAAAUUGAAAGUAAAUUUGAGCAUCUUUCUAUCAUUCCAAUUUUCGAUGAAAUUCUAAAGUACACAUUAAGUUUAAUAAGUGGUGGAAUAUAAACUGGAAUAUUGACAGAAUUAUACGGUGAGGCAGGUUGUGGUAAGACGCAUGUUUGCAUGACUUUGAUGAUUAAUACAAUAAUAAAUUAUAAAACUUCGAGAGUGAUUUAUAUUAGUACGGCUAAACAAUUACAACAAGAUCGUUUUAAUCAGCUAUUAUGUAAAAUUAGUUAUGUUAUUGGGAAUUAGAAUAUCGCGUGGUUUACUAAUUUAUUUAACAAAUGUAUUAUACAACACUUAAAUAAUACUAAAUUUAUGGAUGAAUAUAUUUAUGAACAACUACCUACUUUAUUGGAACAAUACUAAUUCAAAUUAAUUAUUAUUGACAAUAUUACAACCUAUUUGCAGGAAUUGUAAUUAACCUUAAAUCAGAUGCAAAAAACAUCAAUACUAAAGAAAUUCUCAAACCAUUUUAGAAAAUUAGCGAAAAAACACAAUAUCGCUGUGGUUUUUGUUAAUAAUGUAGUUUCAUCAACUUAAAAUAACAAAUUGUAUCCAGCCUUGGGGAUAAAGUGGUCCGAGAUGAUUGAUGAGAGAAUAUAGGUAGAAAAAAAAGGAAUGAUUCGACAUUUUAGAAUUGAUAUAUCUCAUCGUGUUGCAUUAGAUGAUGCCGCAUUCACUAUACAGGAAAGUGGAAUCUACCCUUAAGUUGAUUGA